CCACUGGUUCCCUAAUAACCCAGCUCAUUAUCGUUUAAUUUUUCUUUUGUUCUGCCCUUUUAGGUAAAAGCAUUUCAAUUUAUUACCCUGAUGGGGACGCAACCACUUGCCCAGUUCACAUUUAGUAAUGUCAGUUCAAUGGAUUGGAAUUUGGAGGGUAAUUUCCCUUCCUUGGCCAAAUUGACACAAAUUGCUAUUUUUACUACAAUGGGAAAUGCUGAAUUAAUCCGUAUGCCUUGUCUGCCGGCGAGAAGUAGAAACAUUAAAUAGCUGGAGGUGAAAUAUUUUUGAUAUUUUCAGCAAUAACAUGAGAAUCUCCGACCACCGUUAUAUGUUUUAUAACGAGUCUUUAAAUUGUCAGUAGCUUAAGUCCCUCCCCUCCCAGAGUGGGUGUCAAGAGAACAAAAAUUACACCUUUUAAGUCCUUCCAGGAACCUGCAAGGGAAAAUUUCAGGGUCAUUUGUAGGAAAUAGCAUUUGGAGUGUAAGGGAUAGCUAUAAAUUAUGAUACUGAAGCUGUUGUUGAGUUGCACCUACACAGUCGCCUAAAAUUGGCUGGCUACUGAUCUUGACAAAUUCCUCAGUAAAAUCCAAGUAUUCCAAGAUUGUGAUAUGACAGCCCAGGUUAGCUUCUGUUUUCCUGUUGUUGAUAAUCAGAAAGUGCGAUUAUCAUCCAGAUCAAUAUGAGACAAUGCGUGAAGUACCAUGAUUUCAAAGCAUUCUUUCUUUUUAACCCAUUAGCACCUGGCCAAAUGCUUCUGUUCCAUAAGAACUGUCAAACGCAGAUGUUGCUGGACCUUCCAGGGAUGGGUGUCAGUCUAUGGUGGCUAUUUCAGGUGCUAAUUGGUAAUAUGUAGAGAGUUCUAUUACUGUGGCCAUGUCACCUUAUUGUACAUAUAAAGGAUGCAAUAGUUUUGGCAGAAGCAAAAUGCAAACCAAUUUAAAGCAUGGUAAUGUUCCGUGAUGUAUGCACCUUUUUACAUGAACGCUACCAGGACCAUUGCAGGAAAAUGAGAUGGUGGUGGCCAGUAUUGAUUAGCACCUAGUGAUUAUCUUUUUUUAAAAAAAAAAGAAAUCAUACUCUUUUUCCCAACAAUUACUGUACCAUGUCAUCAAGACAAAUCAUAUCGUGACAUCCCUAUCACCAGGUCCGACCUGAGGAAACUCUACACAUCCAACGCCUUCGAUACGAACGCUCCAUUUGGAUUACUCAAUAAGGUCUGGUUCGAGAUCUGCAUGUACUUCUGCACAAGGGGGAGGGAGAACCAGAGAGAACUGGAGGAGGACUCCUUUGGCUUGGCCGCCGAUGAGGAUGGGCGAAGAUUUGUCUAUUAUAAAGCGUGUGGACCUUACCAUAAAUCUCGCUCGGUAACUUGGAGCAAGAAAAGAAUGGUGAAUGAUGAGGAGAACUUCCCUAGGAUGUAUGAAACGGGCACAGAGUUCUGCCCUUACUCCAGCUUUGUUAAGUAUAUUUCAAAACGUAACCCUCUGUGUAAGGCUUUCUUUCAAAGACCAAGGGAUCAUUGCAGUGAAAGUGAUGUGACCUGGUAUGAGAACAAAGCCAUUGGCAAGAACCUGCUGGGCACGCGAAUGCAGAUGUUGUCCAAAGCAGCUAAGCUGUCCAAGACGUACACUAACCACUGUAUAGGAGCAGUAUCCAUAGCCACUCUGAGCAGCAUUGCAGGUAUUGGCAGCAGGUUGGUCCCUCACAGAUCUCCCCCGAACACAAACGGGUCCCACCAGCACCUCCAGCAGUCAUGCCCGUACGCCCUCCAAAACCAUGACGGAGAGGUUGUAGGGGUGAAAGUGGAGCAAGUCAUCACCCCCGCUCUUUAUGAACCUAUGCACUCAGAUGAGCCGUGUUCACCUUCACCAAAAAGACUAUGUAUUCGAUCCUCUGUAAAUUCCCAGACUGUGAUUCCAAAAAGAAACAACUCUCAGGAAUCUAUGCUUCAGGAAUCCACUAACCAGCUUGGGACCACUGCAUCCGUAACCAUAUCAACAAACCAGGACAGUCGACACAACAUGUCAAGACCCCUGCUGACCAGGUCUCCCGUAUCUCCGCUGACUAAUCAGGGGAUCCCAACCCCAGCGCAACUCACCAAAUCCAACGCCCCGGUGCACAUUGAUGUGGGAGGUCACAUGUAUACCAGUAGCUUGGCAACGCUAACUAAGUUUUCUGAUUCAAGGAUUGGUCGUCUCUUCGAUGGAACCGAACCCAUCGUCCUGGACAGCCUGAAGCAGCAUUACUUCAUUGACAGGGAUGGUCAGAUGUUCCGUUACAUUUUAAACUUCCUUCGCACUUCAAAACUCCUCAUUCCUGACGAUUUCAAGGAUUACAGUUUGCUAUACGAAGAGGCCAAGUACUUCCAUUUGCAGCCCAUGCUAAUUGAGCUGGAGCGGUGGAAACAGGAGAGGGAGCUGGGCCGGUUCUCACGGCCAUGUGAGUGUCUGGUGGUGCGAGUGGCCCCCGACUUAGGGGAGCGGAUUACUCUGAGCGGAGACAAGGCCCUGAUCGAGGAGGUGUUCCCGGAAAUUGGGGACGUGAUGUGUAACUCCAUCAACGCUGGCUGGAAUCACGACUCCACACAUGUCAUCCGCUUCCCCCUCAAUGGCUACUGCCACCUCAACUCUGUCCAGGUCUUGGAACGAUUACAGCUGAAGGGAUUUGAAAUCGUUGGCUCCAGUGGCGGUGGCGUUGACUCUUCCCAGUUUAGCGAAUAUGUACUGAAGCGGGAAAUCAGGCGAUUAUCCCGUGUGCCACCUGUCAUUCGAAUAAAACAGGAACCACUGGACUGAACGGACACAAACACGUCGAGAGAAAGAGAGAGAGAGAGAA